GUCUGGAGCAGUGUGCUGUGUCUGCAGUGGAGGUCGCUGCUCUCACUGUUUUCAUCGCAGCAGCACUUUUAGAGGAAGAAAGCGCACAGACGGCUCACACACGCCGAGACCAACCCAAACCUCCAAAUACCACUUGAAUUUAUAUUUUAGAGCGAAAAUGACGACUGCACCCUAUAACUAUUCCUAUAUUUUCAAAUAUAUCAUUAUUGGUGACAUGGGGGUUGGAAAGUCAUGUUUACUCCACCAGUUCACAGAAAAGAAAUUUAUGGCUGACUGUCCUCAUACAAUUGGGGUUGAGUUUGGCACACGGAUAAUUGAAGUGAGUGGGCAGAAGGUGAAGCUUCAGAUUUGGGACACUGCAGGGCAGGAGAGAUUCCGCGCCGUCACGCGCAGCUACUACAGAGGAGCCGCCGGGGCCCUCAUGGUGUAUGACAUCACCAGGCGAAGCACGUACAACCACCUCAGCAGCUGGUUGACUGAUGCUAGGAAUCUCACCAACCCCAAUACUGUGAUCAUUCUGAUUGGUAACAAAGCAGAUCUAGAAGCCCAGCGUGAUGUCACGUAUGAAGAGGCCAAGCAGUUUGCAGAAGAAAAUGGUUUGUUAUUCCUGGAGGCAAGCGCAAAAACAGGCGAGAAUGUGGAGGAUGCAUUUCUUGAAGCUGCGAAGAAGAUCUACCAGAACAUUCAGGACGGCAGCCUGGACCUGAAUGCGGCCGAGUCAGGGGUCCAGCAUAAGCCUACCGCUCCGCAGGGUGGGCGGCUCAACAGCGACACACAGCCCCAGAAGGAGGGCUGCAGCUGUUAAUGACCAUGAAGACUUCACUCUCUCUCUUUCUUUAUUCCUUCCUGUCCCACAUCCCACCUCUGCAUCUAAAAGCCUCUCCCCUUCCGGUAUGAUUGCUCAUGUAGUCUGGGGCCAGAUGGCCCUGCUUGAUCAUGGAGGUGUAACAUAAUUCAUUCCCUCCUUACGUCUCUCUUCUUCCCUUCCUCCCCUUCUCCUGUGUCUUCCCUCACUUGUUUUGCUUGUUUCUCAUACGCACACAUCCCAGUGCUCCCAGCAAGCACUCGAGGGAAGACGGCCCCUCCGCUGAACACUAAUCCUGAAGAGAGAAGAUGAUUGUCGAUAAACUGAAGAAAUGCUGGGUUUAUCCUUUACAGACGUGAUGUGCAUAACUAUAAACUAAACAUCUCAUGUACAGGAGCUGUCUGAGUGCUAGAGUAAUGUAAAUGAAAUGGAAAUAUUGGCAAACAUUAUGUGUGUUGACAUGAUGUCGAGUAUCAGGAGGAUAUGCAUCGACAUUGUAUGUAACAUUUUGUUAAAAAAAAUCUAAAACUGAAAUAUUGUAUCCCGUUUUAAAUUAGAGGUUUUGCAGUUUCACAUCCAGUCACCAAAUAUUUAUCCCUGUUUGUACCAAUUUAGGAAAUAUUAUACAUGUACUAUACAAGAUUAGUAUUGUUUUGAGAAGAAUCUCAAUGGAAG